UUGUUCAUUAUUAACAUUUUCAUUAUAUAUCUACACUGUAUAUUGUUUACAGUACACGAAUAGUGUUGCAAGGAAAAGUAUGACUUUUUUUGUUUUCGAGUUUUCAAAAGAUUUGGUGCAUUUCCAACAUAGGCUCAACAUUUUGUUUAUUAGAAUAAAGAAUUUGAAUGAAUGUUUACAUUUCGUUAGUCAUGGUCAAAGACACUUAGAAAGACUCUUCUACAGUCAAUUAAAGUAUGAUACUCUAUUUGAUCUCAAAAGAGAGAUCUUAUUAAAUAUUUUCUCAUAUUAGCAAGUCGCAUUGUGGAUGUGACUUUGAUCUAAUAUACACCAUAGAAUCGAGUCAAAUCUAAAACUAUACAACUUCAACUAAAUGUGAGCUUCCUAAGGCAUUAAAAAUCAAAAGCAUUACCGAACUUGAAAACCAUUGUGUGUACUACUUUCGAUUCUUUGUUGUACAUUUUACAUUAUGUAGAUUAGUAAACAAGAUUUCAACAAUUAAAUAUUUUUCUAUAAAAAUAAAAGUAUUGCAAAUACAAAAAAAUAUUAUUAUAGUCUCUCUGUUAUCAAUAAAAUUAUAUUUGUCCGCUUUGUGUUGAAUGAUUCUCAUAUAAAUCUUGUUGAUCACAUCAUCAACAACAAUAUCGAUCACUCGCAACAUAAUAUUUGUGAUGAAAAAUUGACCUCUGAAUUGUAAAUAUCAAAGAUUUGUAAACAUAGAAGUUAGUAAUUCAAAGAAAAAAACCCAAUAUUGAAAAAAUGGGUUUAAAAUUCCAUUUAUUUGAACCGGUCUUACUGAAAGACCACCUAUAAUAUUCUCCUUAACUCGAUUGCUAAACUAUUUUCCGCAAUUUUUAUCUUACCUUUUGGUACGUAGGAUAUAUCGGAUUGACUAUUUACUUUAUUAUACCUAAUUAAUUUUAAUUUCUUUGACUUCCACCAAAUUUUUUACUUCCCUUGCUUUCUUUCAUGUUACCUCCUCUUCGAGGCUAUAACUCAUAGGUCUCCCCCUAGAUAUUACUAAGCCUUUCUAUAUCAUUCCGAGCUCCAUAGUUGCUGGAGAUCUCUCUCUCUCUGACCCUCACUUUUUCUAUAUCUUUGAUCUUUAAUGGUUUUAUUCAUAAUCUCAGCAGCUUAAUGUCAAUCAAACUAAGUAUAGUUCUUUGCCUGAUUAUUUUUACCGUCACGUCAUUUUAUGGCGACGGUAGAACUCUUUCAGGGAAACAUGAUCAUAACUCAUCAUCCCUUUCCGGUUUUAGCUUCCAAGAUUCUAUGCACGUUUCUUCUUCCACAAGCAACAAUUGUGGCUUCUCCUCCACUGAACAUGAUCCUGCCAAGGAUCAUCCCAAAGAAUCCAUGAAGUUUCAGCUACGGCGCCGGGAGAUUAAACAAGAAUCAACGAGAACAACACAUUCAGUUGUCGAUCUCAAAAUACAAGACCUCACAAGAAUCCAGACGCUUCAUGCAAGAGCUAAGAAAGCAAAGAACCAGACACACAAAAAGACCAAGAAGACGAUAACAUCGGUUAUUGCUCCAGAGGCUUCACCAGGGCAGCUUGUAGCGACACUUGAGUCCGGUAUGACGCUUGGUUCUGGUGAAUACUUCAUGGACGUGCUUGUGGGGACACCACCAAAACACUUCUCACUGAUUCUUGACACAGGAAGUGACCUAAACUGGCUCCAAUGCCUUCCUUGCCACGACUGUUUCCACCAACACGGUCCAUUUUAUGACCCGGAUACGUCUUCUUCAUUCAAGAACAUAACAUGCAAAGACCCUAGAUGCAGCCUCAUCUCAUCGCCUGACCCUUCAGUACCGUGUGAGUCAAGUAACCAAUCCUGCCCUUAUUUCUACUGGUAUGGAGACAGAUCAAACACAACUGGAGACUUCGCGGUUGAGACAUUCACAGUUAACCUCACGGAUGCUAAAGGAGGAAGCUCAGAGUACAAGGUGGAAGACAUGAUGUUUGGGUGUGGACAUUGGAACAGAGGUCUCUUCAACGGUGCUUCAGGUCUGCUAGGGUUAGGAAGAGGACCACUUUCUUUUUCUUCUCAGCUUCAGUCUCUCUACGGUCACUCCUUUUCUUACUGCCUUGUAGACAGAAACAGCGACACUAACGUGAGCAGCAAGUUAACCUUCGGAGAAGACAAGGGUUUGCUAAACAACCCUAAUCUGAACUUCACAUCUUUCGUGCACAACAAGGAAACUUCCGUUGAGACGUUUUACUAUCUACAAAUCAAAUCCAUUCUAGUCAAUGGCCAAGCUCUUGACAUACCUGAAGAAACAUGGAACAUCUCAUCAGAUGGAGCUGGUGGAACCAUCAUUGAUUCAGGUACAACCUUAAGCUACUUCGCCGAGCCAGCAUACAUGAUCAUCAAGAACAAGAUUACAGAGAAGGUGAAAGAGAAGUACCAUGUGUUUGAAGACUUCCCGAUCCUAGAUCCUUGCUUCAACGUGUCUGGUGUAGAGGAGAGCAACAUGGAGCUGCCUGAGCUCGGGAUUGCUUUCGCAGAUGGAGCAGUUUGGAACUUCCCUGCAGAGAAUGUCUUCAUUUGGUUGAGUGAGGAAGUGGUUUGCUUGGCGAUACGAGGAACUGCUGAAUCUGCCAUGUCGAUCAUUGGGAACUACCAGCAACAGAAUUUUCAUAUACUAUAUGAUACAAAGAGGUCUAGGUUAGGUUUUGCACCCACAAAAUGUGCAGAUUUAUAAACCUAAGUUCUUGUGGAUUGAUCUAAUACACAUAAAGAAACUGUACACAAAGGUAACAUAUGAAGAUCCUAUUGUAUUUCAUUCAUAUUCAAAUAACAAAGAUCCUAUUGUAUUUCAUUCAUAUUCAAAUAACAAAGUAACACAUUAAAGUAGAACCAAGACUUUAUUUUCAUGUGCGAUUACAAGCAAAUCCUGCUGCUUUAUAUAGUUUUGUUGAUUAUAGUAUAUGCAUUUUAUAGUAUAAAAAAUUAAAUUAAACCGACUCCACUGGGGAUCGAACCCAGAAUCUCUGGUUUCGUAGACCAGCGCCUUAUCCAUUGGGCCAUGGAGUCAUAUUUGUGAUAAUGCAUUGUUACUAAGAAUUUAUCUCCAAUGUAACAUCACUUACAUAUUUGCCACAGUGAAGAUCAAUACACAAUCAGUACAUAACUGUCUCGUUCAGCACAUUUUUUUGUAUGUCAAAUUCCAACAACUAGGACAGAAAUGAAGACAAAUGAUUCAGUUGAUCAACUAUUUAGAAUGGCUGAAGAGAGUUGUCUUCUUAUCUUAUAUUAGAUUUGGAGUAUUUUGAUUUUCUGAUCAAAUUCAAAUGACACUUGUCAACUUACAACAACCCAUAUGAAUUCAUUAUGUAUAUCACCAAUGGUUGGGGAAGAAUGUUAACAAAUGAGGAUCAAUAAUAGCAUAAGUUGCACACAUGGGAAAACUAUAUGUUGAAUGUAUUUUUAAUUGAUCAAGUAAUCAUUGUCUUUUCACUUUCCAUCACAAUCCCUUAAGAAAGUCACAAGUAAUGCAAUAGAUCAUUAUGAAUCACAAAACUUGGGAGAAUAAUACUGAG